UGGCGUUCGCCGGCUGGUCUCACUGCAAAAAGCGCUGUGUAAUUCUGCUGUUUCAACAACGAAAAAAAGGGGAACAAAAGCAUACACCGCAUUACAAUCAAAGCGAACGUAGUGCCAAUUAAAUCCCUAAAGUCAGACAAGUAGGCAUCGCAAAGCAGCAACGCAAACAUGACGGGCGAGACCAAGCUGGAGAAGAAGCCGCUGAAGCCGGCGGCCCCUGAAGGUGAUGCCAAGGAUCCGAAAGCCAAGAAAGAGGAAAAGAAGGACGGCAAGGACAAGGAACAGCAGCCGGAACUCUCCGACGAGGACCAGCAGCUGCAGGAGGAGCUGGAGCUGCUGGUGCAGCACCUGGAGGAGCCUGAUGUGAAGCUCUACCAGCCGACACUGGAGAGUAUGGCCAAAUUGAUCAGGGCCUCCACGACGUCGAUGACCUCGGUGCCCAAGCCGCUGAAGUUUAUGCGCCCGCACUACGACACCAUGAAGACGGUGUACAAGCACAUGCCCGAUGAGCAGGCCCGCCAGCUGUGCGCGGACAUCAUCUCUGUGCUUUCGAUGACCAUGGGCAGCGGCAAGGAUUGCCUGGCCUACCGAUUCCUCUGCGAUCGGAAGCAGCGCAUUGGUGACUGGGGUCAUGAGUAUGUGCGUCAUCUGUCUGGCGAAAUUUCUGCGCACUAUCACGAUACUACGGGAGAUUUUCGUGUGCAACUCAUCGAACUGGUCAAGCAGAUCAUCCCGUACAAUAUGGAGCACAACGCCGAGGCUGAUGCCUGCGAUCUGCUGAUCGAAAUCGAUCACUUGCACCUGCUAAGCGACUAUGUGGACGAAUCGGCCUAUCCCCGCGUCUGUCUCUACCUGCAGUCGUGCUAUCCUUACGUUCCCGAGCCGGAUAAUACCAUUAUCCUGGAAACCGCCCUCCAACUGUCGCGCAAGUUCAAUCAGCACACACAAGCUAUGCGACUGGCGUUGAUGCUCAACGACAUGGACAGGAUCGGUGAGAUCUUUAAGGAGCCCAAGGAGCCGGCUAUGCAGAAGCAACUGGCCUUUAUGUUGGCUCGCCAACAGAUUUGCCUGGAGCUGGAUGAAUCGGUACCAGACUACGACGAUCUUAUGGAGAUCAUGUCCAAUGCUAAUUUGAACAAGCAUUUCCUCAAUCUGGCUCGCGAACUGGACAUUAUGGAACCCAAAACGCCGGAGGACAUUUACAAGUCGCAUUUGGACAACUCGCGCUCCCGCUUUGCGUCCAUCCAGGUGGACUCUGCCAAACAAAAUCUUGCCGCUAGCUUUGUAAAUGGUUUUGUUAAUGCCGGUUUCGGAGUGGAUAAGUUGCUGUCGGAAGAUGGAAACAAAUGGUUGUACAAGAAUAAGGAACACGGCAUGCUCUCGGCCACCGCAUCGCUGGGGUUGAUCCUUCUGUGGGAUGUGGAUGGCGGUCUGACUAUGAUUGACAAGUACUUGUACUCCACCGAUGACAACAUCAAGUCUGGCGCUUUGCUGGCUUGCGGAAUUGUUAACUGCGGCAUCCGUAACGAGGUUGACCCAGCUCAUGCUCUGCUCUCGGAUUAUAUAGACAACCAAAAUUCCUGCAUGCGCGUUGGCGCCAUCCUCGGUCUGGGCAUCGCCUAUGCUGGCUCCAAUCGCUCCAUUGUGAUCGACACUCUGAAGACAGUCUUCUCGUUUGGCACCAACAAUAAGAGUUCGGCCAGCGUGGAGAUAUUGGGAAUUACAGCUUUGUCGCUGGGUCUCAUUAGUGUUGGUUCGUGCAAUGCAGAGAUCACCGAGAUCUUGCUGCAGACCAUCAUGGGUCUGACCAAGUCCGACCUGAAGGACACCUACACGAGGUUCCUGUUUUUGGGUCUAGGUCUGCUUUACUUGGGCCGCCAGAAGUCCACCGAAGCCGUGAUGAUGACCUUGGAGGUUUUGGAAGAGCCACAUCGCAGCAUGGCUACUACCAUGGUGGACAUUUGCGCUUACGCUGGUACUGGCAACGUGCUCAAGAUCCAACAGCUGCUCCACAUCUGCUCUGAUCACUACGAGACCUCCAGUGCCGAUGACGAGAAGGAAAAGAGCAAGAAGGACAAGGGCAAGGAUAAGGACAAGGAGAAGGAGAAAGAGAAGGAAAAGGAAAAGGAGCGCGAGAAGGACUUGUCGGCCACCCAAUCGAUUGCCGUGCUUGGAAUUGCCUUGAUCGCCAUGGGCGAGGACAUUGGUGCCGAAAUGGCAUACCGCUCCUUUGGAAACCUGCUGCGCUAUUGCGAGCCGGCCAUCCGUCGGGCCGUACCACUGGCGUUGGGCCUGAUAUCCGCCUCCAACCCCAAGCUGAACAUCAUCGACACACUGAGCAAGUUUUCGCACGAUAGCGACGCCGAGGUGGCCCACAAUGCGAUCUUCGCCAUGGGCUUGGUAGGCGCCGGCACAAAUAACGCCCGACUGGCCUCCAUGUUACGUCAGUUGGCUCAGUACCACUCGAAGGAUCCCAGCAAUCUGUUUAUGGUGCGCAUCGCCCAAAGCUUGACGCAUUUGGGCAAGGGCACCCUCUCGCUGAGUCCCUAUCACAGCGAUCGGCAGCUGAUGAACCCAAUGGCCGUCGCUGGACUGAUGGCUACGCUGGUUUCCCUGCUUGAUGUGAAGAACCUGAUCCUGAACCGAUCGCACUAUCUACUCUACACAUUGGUGCCUGCCAUGCAGGCCCGCAUGCUGAUCACCUUCGAUGAAGAGCUUAACCAACUGCAGGUGCCUGUGCGCGUCGGUAUCGCCAUCGAUGUCGUCGGGCAGGCAGGCAAGCCGAAGACCAUCACUGGCUUCCAGACUCAUACCACGCCCGUUCUGUUGGCCAUCGGCGAGCGCGCCGAGCUGGCCACCGACGAGUACCUGGCCCUCACUCCGGUCAUGGAGGGAUUCGUUAUACUGAAAAAGAACCCCAACUUUGUGAAAUAGAAGUGCAUUCAAACAUUUAACAUUUAAGGUCAUGCGAGAAAUUGAAGUUCAGCAACUAACUCCCAAUAAAUAUUUGUUCCCCCACUGGCAGUUGAUUCAAAUGUCAUUAAUACGAAAUAUAUCUACUUAUAAAGAAUAAAAA